AAAUUGCAAAUUUUAGAAUAAAUUUUUUGAAAAAUGGCUAUUAAAGGAAUCGUCCUAUUUUUGGUGUUCAUGUGCAUAGGUUUUAGUCUAAGGACACAGGUUAAGCAAGCAGGUGAUUUGGUUGAGGUUAGCUGGACUAGUCCUCAGAAUGGAGCCCAAGAGUCAGUCGAUGUUUCUGUAGGUGAUAGGGUUACGUUUACACUUGAUGAAAAUCCAACAACUGGGUAUCAAUGGAUGAUCCCAGAGGAAAUAGAAGGAUAUAAUGCCAUCUGGACACUGGAGUCUAGUGAAUAUAAUGGUCCUAAUUCUAAUCUUGAUGGAGCAGGAGGCUCAAGAACCUUUGUACUGGCUGUAAAUCAACCUGGAACUGAGAUCCUCACCUUAGCAUAUGGCAGACCGUGGCUGUAUGACACAGUUAUGGAUAGUUACCAAAGUACUGGCUAUUUUGACCCAUCUCUCAUGCAAGGAUGGGCAAUGCAGCUCCAAAUAAAUGCUUCUUAAGAAAACAAAAUUCUCAACAAAACCCAAAGAUUCAAUUUUCGGUGAUC